AUGAUAUAUAUCCAUAUUAUUCAACUAUUAUCAAAUUUCUUUAUCCCAACUAUUCGGCUCUUUUUCGCUUUUUCUCAUAGAACAAAACGAAAUAAAGCGAUCUUCUUCUUACAUAUAAUGUGGAAGUACAGCUGCAUCUAUAAUAAAAAUAAGCUCCUUGAGAGUUGUCAAGUGUAUAUAGACUGUACAACAACUCGUACCACUAAUAAUUUCACGAUGCUAAAAAUUAGACGUUUUAGCACUUUCAGCAACAGGUUAGGUCCUUUUCCACCUUUAAAUUCAGUGAAAGAUAAAUUUAUCUUCAAGUCAUCAUCGGAGACUAGUAGCAUCAGCUCUAUAAUAGAGAAUAAGCAAGAAAAAGGGAACGUGAUCAUUAACGGUUGGAUUGACGCAAAGCCAAAGAAAGUUGGUAAAAAUUUAAUUUUUGGGACCUUAAGGGACACCAAUGGUGAAACCAUCCAAAUAGUUGAUUCUCAGUCUUUACUGAAGGAUAGUCAAGUCGAAGACGUUGUCCAAAUCGUUGGUGAAUUAUCCGAAAAAAAGAAGUCUGGCAAUGCGGCUUCCCAAGCUAAUUGCCAUAACAAAGAAUUUGAACUCAAGCUUCUAAACUUGCAAAAGUUGAAUCAAGCCAACAAGAAACCUUCUCAAUUGCAAGAUUUUAAGAUCAAGGAUACUAACUUCCCUCCAGAAUAUAGGUAUUUACAAUUGAGACUACCCAAAUAUCAAAGGAACUUGGAGUUAAGAUAUGAAGCAUCUAAGAGUAUAAGGUCCUUGUUGGACUCCUUUAACUUUGUUGAGAUUGAAACACCGCUCUUAUUUAAAUCUACACCGGAGGGUGCUCGCGAGUUUUUGGUUCCAACAAGAGGUAAAAUAGAUGGCGAAGCUUCGUUUUAUGCGUUACCGCAAAGUCCACAGCAGUAUAAACAAUUAUUAAUAGCCAGUGGCGUUCAUCGUUAUUUCCAGAUUGCUCGUUGCUUCCGUGAUGAAGACCUUAGAAGUGAUAGACAACCCGAAUUCACCCAAAUUGAUAUGGAAAUGGCAUUUGCUGCUGGUAAAGACGUCAGGGAAGUUAUUGAAAAGGUUGUCACCUGCACUUGGAAUAAGCACAAUGUUGCAGGAACUGAUUUACAUACUUUAGACAAGGCAGGAAAUAUAGUUCCUGCCUCUUCUGAACAGAAGAUUGCCCAACUUACCUACCAACAUGUUAUGACGAACUAUGGUAUUGAUAAACCUGAUUUGAGAUCGCCUGAUUUGAAGAUAAUGGAUCUAUCUGAAUUUAAGGCAUACGGUUAUACCAAUAAAGACUUUCCUGUGUUUGAAGUGUUAGUGCUACGUAACGCCUUUGAGAGUAUGGAAAACUUUGAAAAAGAAUGGGGCUUUUUAUCUAAAACUGAUAACUACAAGAGUAGAACGCCAAUAGUUGUUCCAAUCGAAAAUGAAGACGCUCAAACGUCUUGGUUCAAUAAAUUCUUGUCGAUUGCAGCUUUUGAGAACCCAAAGUUAGUCACUAAAUUCUUAAAUCUGCAAAAGGGUGACAUAAUCAUCGGUUCGACAAGAGAACCGACCCGCAGACUCUUCGAAAACCCAACGCCUUUGGGUAGGGCUCGUCAACUAGUCCUACAAACUGCGAAAGGAAAGGAACUAUUCCGUAAAACAGACGCCUCUGUUGCAGCAUGGGUAGUUGAUUUCCCGCUCUUUUCACCUGUAGAAAAGGCUGAAACAACUCAAAGGCUCUAUCCGGAAUAUGUUCCGGACAGUUUCUGCUCCACCCAUCAUCCAUUUACAAUGGUCAGUUUGAAGGACUACAAUAAAUUGGAAUCUGAUCCUUUGGCUUGUCAUGGUGAACAUUACGACCUUGUUAUUAAUGGAGUGGAGUUAGGUGGAGGUUCAACUAGAAUUCACGAUCCAGAGUUGCAAAAUUUCAUUUUCCACAAUAUUCUAAAGAUUAAGAACUCAGAAGAACUCUUUGGUCACUUGUUGAAUGCAUUUAAAAUGGGAACCCCUCCACAUGCAGGAUUUGCUAUUGGUUUCGAUAGAAUGUGUGCUAUGCUAUGUGGCACUGAAAGUAUCAGAGAUGUAAUUGCAUUCCCUAAGAGUAUCAGUGGUGUGGAUAAAGUUGUUGGUAGCCCAUCAAAGGUUCCAUCUUAUACACUUACUGAAUACAAUAUCAAAUCUAACACGGAUUUGGAUUAA